AUGGACGAACUACCGGUCAGAUAUUGGCUUUUAAUUGGCCGAAGUUUACUUUAAAUUGUUUUUAGGUGUUAAACAGUCUGUGCAAAAACCUCUAUGAGAGCGUCGAUCCGCAAGUCCGUCAUCAAGCAGAGCUUAACCUGGCGGAGCUCUCGGAAUCUCCAGAAUGCCUGCAAAGAUGCAUGCUUCUGUUGGCCAGAGGAGAUGUGAGUAAGAUAACAAAGCUCAAAAUUAGCCUGCGCUUUUCAGUAUCCGUACGGACCAAUGGUGGCCAGCACGACGCUCAUGAAGCUCCUAGGCGGCAAGACUAGCAUCACCUCAUCACAAAAGCUGGAGUUGGCAAAGUAUGUCUUGGAGAUGCUCGGCCAGGGAGCACCGCGGUUCCCGCCGUAUCUCGUCACUUCUCUUUGCCAACUUUUCGCGCGACUCACUAAACAAGAAUGGACAUACACAACGACACCGGAGAACAGCCCAGAAGACACGAAAGCAGAAUAUCCGUUCCGCGAGCCUGUCGGCAGUCUCAUCAAAACUAUCAACAUUGAGAAUCUGGAGGAGAGCAUGCUGGCUGUGCAGUUGCUCACAUUGCUUGUCGCAGAUAUGAACUCGGCCGCCGGAAUGGAGUCGGUUAACAAGCACCGCAAGAAUCUUUCGCAGUUCAGAGACGACUUCCUCUACGAAAUUUUCUCGGUGUCUCUCAAUUUCCUGAACGAAAAUGUCGAGAAGAAUUUGGAUGAUCGAAAAAUCCAACUUUUGCACGCGGUUCUCAACUUGAAUCUGCAGUGUCUUCUCUUUGAUUACAUAGGAAGUCUGACUGACGAGACGAGCGAAGACAACUGCAAUGUGCAGAUUCCGACUGCCUGGAGAGCCAGCUUCACGGACGGAAAGAUCGUGCAGCUCAUGUUCAAACUGCUCAGCAAGUUACCCCAGGAGUCUAGCGAGAAAGUGAUGACUAUAAUAGCGCAGUUGGCCAGCAUCAGACGAACUCUGUUUAAUGGAACAGAGCGACAGGCGUAUGUGCAGAAACUCGUCGAAGGAGUUGUCAGCGUCAUCAUGAAUCCGGACAAGCUCAGCGAUCAGGCCGCUUUCCACGAGUUCUGCCGUCUCAUUGCUCGCCUCAAGACCAACUACCAGUUAUGCGAACUAAUUGCCGUACCUUGCUACGGUCACAUGCUCCGUCUACUCGCCGAGUUUACAGUUCAAAGUCUCCGAAUGAUGGAGUUCUCCGCCAAUAGCACGUACUUCCUGAUGACGUUCUGGCAGCGAAUGGUGACUUCCGUUCCGUACGUUCGCAACAACGACGAGCACCUUCUGAACGUGUACUGCCCGGAAAUCAUGACGGCGUUUGUGGAGAGUCGCCUGCAACACGUGGAGAACGUCGUGAGAGAAGGCGCCGAGAACCCGUUGGACGAUCAGGGAUCCACGCUACAGGUCAUGGAGCAUCUGGCAAUUAUCUGCAGAUGCGAGUAUGAGAAGACGUGCAAACUGCUCACGCAGCACUUCGAUCAGAACGCCAACAUUUGGAUGAACGGAGCCGGGAAUGUAAGUCAUACGUCGAGGGAAAAUUAUAAAGAAACUGUGUGCUUUCAGGAUGUGAACACUGUCAUUGCCGAAGGUCGUUUGGUGUGGUUGGUCACUCUGAUCGGAACGGCCGUGUUCGGAAAGACGACGGCUACCAGCAGUGACUCGCACGACAAAAUGGACGGCGAACUGAUUGCCCGCUGCGUGACUGUAAUGCGGUUCAACGACAGUCGCCUGCAGAUGUCGAACACUCAGAUUCCGUUGAAGGGAAAUCUGCGGCUGGAAGUCUCUUUCAUCCACAUGCUCGAACAGUUCCGUCGAGCUUACAUAAUGGAUCAGAUCACCCGAGCGAGCCCCGUUUACGACACCCUCGAGGCAGAGUUAAGGAUUUCGGAAGAGUCCGACAUGCUCGGAGUCAUUGUCCAGAAAAUCUUAACGAAUCUCAAGUUCUGGCCGUCGAACUCGGAGCUUCUGGAUCUUUCUCUCUCCCUCCUCAAAGACCUGUCCCUGGGAUACACUGCAGUCCGCAAGCUGUUCCGUCUUCCAGAAGUACAACUUUUGCUCAAUAAUCACACAGCCGAGCACUUUAUUUUCCUCGGGCCUACGAUCGAUUACCAGACGAUGAAGCAGAGAACGACGUUCUACGAAGCACUGACGCGUCUUCUGACCACCGAUUACACCGAAGACGACGAAAUGCUUCAGAGCUUCCUCCGACCUCUCGGCGGUAAGAAUAUGCGUGCAAAAAAUGUAAUUAACUUUUUUGUUGAAUUUUAGACACCGUUGAAGGAAUCUGCAACGUCAUUCAGAACAAUUGUCAGGGAAUUGAGGAAGAGCAUCUCAAGGUUUGUUAGAAAUUCAAAAAUGAAUGAAACUGAACAAUUUGUCAUUUCCAGAAAAUCAUCACCGGAUUGUGCCGAGAUUUGCGAGGAGUUGCCAUCGCUUGCACUGUCAAGAACAUCUUCCAGGUGCUUUUCGAAUGGAUGUAAGUGUUUCAAAUCUAUUUCCGUUCAAAUCCAUCGUUAUUAGGUACCCGGAGGUGUUCAACAUCUUGCAAUUCUCCGUCGAGAAGUGGCCGGAAUGCGCCGAAGUCGUCUGUCCGAUCCUUCGACUUCUCUCCGAAAUGGUUCAGAACCGGCAGCAACGUCUCAAAUUCGAGAUGAGCUCGUGCUCGGCUGUGCUGCUCUUCAAGGAGACUUCGAAGAUCGUGACCAUCUACGGAGAACGUCUUCUGCAGCUUCCCGAGGUGUCCAAGGACAGAGUGUACAAGGAGAGAUACAAGAACAUCGGAGUCAUCUUCCUCAUACUCAAAAACGCGCUGAUAGGUGCCUACGUGCCGUUCGGCGUCUUCCGUCUCUACGGAGAUUCCUGUCUUCAAGACGCGCUCACCACAUUCAUCAAACUGUUUAUGAGCAUUCCGGAGGCCGACUUCCACGUAAGAAUCCCAACCACGUAGUUUUCUUUCAUUUUCUUUUUCCAGAGCUACACUAAGAUCGCCCAAAAUUACUACAAUCUUCUCGAACACGUCGUUCAGGACAACAUGUCAUUUGUCACCAACCUCUCCGUCGACGUCUUCUGCAGUCUUCUCCGAUCCAUUCAUUCGGGUCUCAGCUCCGUCGACGCCAUUGUCAUCACGUCGGCUUGCUCCUCACUUGAUACCAUUCUCAACUACCUGUACCGACGAUUAACGAGAUCGACGCCGCCAACGAACAAAGUGGGAAUGGAUCCAGAAGGAGAUAACAUUCUGGUGGCUGUCAAACAACAUCCAGACAUUCUGGCAAAGGUAAGAACUCACUCGUUUCUAAGCUUCCCGCUAAAAGUGCUCUGUUCAGAUGCUGCAAGCCGUCAUAACGUUGAUGAUGUUCGGAGAAGUCAAGUGUCAGUGGAGUCUGUCGCGCCCGUUGCUCGGUCUCAUUCUCAUACAAGAGGACGUCUACACUGACAUGAAGCGAGAGCUGACUUCUCAGCAGACGUACGACCGUCAGGCGGACUUUGACAUGCUCUUCACGCAAUUAAUGGCGAACGUGGAAAUGAAUUUGUCGGUGAAGAACAAGGACACUUUCACGCAGAACCUGACCCGCUUCCGUCGUGACAUUGCCAAUGUGCUGAAGGGACAGUCGUUGGCGCCGAAUACUGUUAGCCAAGAAAUGCAAUAGAGACAUUUUCUAAACCUUCUAAAUAGCUACUCCAACUAUAUCAUGUUUUCCUUCCAUUCACAUCAUUCAUCAUUCUGAUUUCGCUUUACACGGUCACUCUUUUCUUCCCAUUCUCUCCCGAUUUUCAGCACAUCUUCUUGUGCCGAUCUCCCAUUUCAUCUGUAAUCCGUUCUUUGUUUUCGUAUUCCUUGCUAGUUCCUCCGCAUUCGUAUUUUUGUGCGUAUUGGUUUAUCUUGUUAGUAUUAUUUAUUCAGUUUUAUCACAUUUUUCCUCCCCCUCUUUGUCUUCCGGAUACCAAACCUUAACUGUGCUCUAUUUAAAAACGCGUAGCCGAUUCUAUUCCGCACGUUCCGCACGCUCCCCAAUUUCCCUAUAUACCAAAACUCGUGUUCUCGUAAGCAAUCCCACUUACAAGUUGAUGAAUUCUUGUAUCGAAUUCCCUCAUAACACUUGUUGCAGAUAUCGCAUUUCAACCGCAGUUAGUUCGCCGCCACGUUUCUGUGGCUCUGCUUUUGCCCGGGCUCACUCUGAUUGACAAGCCGUUCUUUUGUCUCCUCAACUAUGACAUUCCCUGCCGCCUCUCUUUUUACCCAAUCGAACUGAUGUCUCUUCUCUCGUCUCUGGAAGAGCCACAGCUCGCAACUCUCCAGAGAAUUGAACGGCAGCCGAAAAAUUCUAAUUUGAGAGUGGGGGGAGGAGGCGCGGCUGAAAGAGAAGACAAAAAACACAUGGCUCAUCGGAUUCAUUGCAGCGCCGAAAUGAUAGGUUGCUCGGCUCGCGGGCGACCAGAACCGACUGGAAUUCCGCCGCGUUUCGUCUCAACUCAAAAGUGCGCGUAAAUUUCGGAAAAAAUGUCCUCCCCCUCGUCCCGCUCGCCUCGCUUUUCACACUCCAUAAAUUGUGCACAAGUAUAUAUAGAGGCAGAGCGUUGACUUUUCCCCAACUUAAGUCGAAGAAGUAGGAGGAGGAGCAGAACCCUUUGUGGAAAUGAAUCCAAUUGAGUUUCUUGUUUCACUCGACUCCGAAUCAUCCGAAUCCCUCUCAAGGUUCAAACAUUUCGACGCCCCGGCUGCUGUAGUUUUCUUUCCAUUUUCUCGAGUUUUCUGUUUUCGUACUAUCCCCCUCUACGGCUUUUUGAGCAAAUUCAGUUCCAAAAAGGAAUAACAGCCAAGUAUUUGAUCUCUAGAAUGUCUAAUUCUGCGAGUCGAAAUCGUAGCUUCAAUUUACUUCAAUUUAGUAGAGCGCGACUGUUAGAAAACUCUGCGGCUACAGUAAUUGAUCCGCUGCGGUUUUUUCGUCCGUAAUUCCAGCACUUCUAAUUUAUGUGUUUUCGACGGUGUCCCCCUUCGUUUUCGUGAUUUUCGAGUCUUCGAUAACGGUGAGCCCUCUCUGCCCGAAUUGCGUUAAAGAGGCACACGUCGGCGAUUCGCCCCCGGGCGCUUUUGUCUUUUCGUCGCUUCUCCCGCGCUCCCCCGUGAGCCUAAUCAGCUUUUUGAGUCGCCCCUUUUCCUGUAUUCGUCAUCGUUUUCUCUCUCUCUCUUCUUCAUGGGUACAGAUGGUGGUCCCGCCACGAAUGGAACGGAUCUUUGAGAUGCUCGCUCUCGCUCUCUCUCUUUCUCGCUUUUCCACCCACUUCCCCGUUCCAACGAUUGACAAUCAGAUGUCGGAAUGAGUUGAGCUCAGCGAGUUCCGGAGAGCAUUUACCUGAAAAGUAGGCUGUUUUCGUUGGUCUCAUUCUUCUUUGCGCGAACACGUCGAUUCAAAGAAAGUCUUGGCACCUUUUCGAAAAGGGAAAAACGAAUGAAAACACCUCCGUCUAAAUUCCUCGUCAUCAUCCUCUGAAAUUCUAUUCCAUUCGGCAGCUCAAAGUUCUGUCGGGAGGUGGAAUAGGCCAGAUGGGGCCGUGGAAUGGAAUGAAAUGGAUGUGCAGGCGGCUUCCGUCCGACGAAUGAGUUUGACCAAUCGAGAGCCGCUUCCGACAUCGCGAGCAGAGAAGAGAAGUCAAUCAAGUCAAAACGGCAGCCAAAACAAGUCCUCCUCCUCCUCCUCUUUUCCUUCUUCCUCUUUCUCUUUCAACGUCUUCUUCUUCUUCUUCUUCUUCUUCUGAUGCUUCUGACUGACUGACUGUUCUCUGAAACCCCAUGAACCGCCGCCCGUGCUGUUUGGUCCGUUUGAGUUAUUUGACUGCUUGCGAGGUGUCUGAUAGGUCACUUUUGAAAAAGACGGAAAACUAAUUAGAACCUUUUCGCCACUUCGUGCCGCGCCUCUUUUCCAUUUUCACAUUUCCCCCAUGUUCUACUGCUAAUGCACUUUUAUUUUGAUACAACAUUCACAAUAAGCUAUUUUGAAAAUUUUGGUGUGCCAGUGUGCUCUACCGGAUAAACUGGAUGGAUUUGAAUUUUAUUCUAGAAAACAUAAUUUCGAUGCUAUGGGGAAGUUUGCAUGUGCACUCUUGGCGGGAAAUUUAAAUUUCGAGGCAAAACAACAACAUGUUUUUGCCGCGAAAUAAACCAUUUUAAAACUACUUUCGUUGCUCGAACUUUGGAAAUUCUCGUAACCUCUUCUUCUCAUGCCAUUUUCCGCGAGAGCAUAACUCAGAAACGUGGCUGAUCCGUCUCUAAUCUCUGAACUUUGGCACAUCACGUCUCCGUUCACCUUGUCAGCUCCGCCCGCUCCUUGAGAAGAAGAUUAUUAUCCGUGUCCAUGUCUCGUCAACCAAUUGACACUCCUCAACCAAUCACAACUCUUGACUCCGUUCGGCCACUCGAGUACAUCCCUUUUCCUCAUAUUCUUCUUCUUCUUCUUCUUCUCCGGACGCUUCGUUUCUCUCCUUAUUGAAUCUCAUCAUCGGGGACCACCGAAUAAAAACACAGCACAACAACUCGUCACGUACUUUCAGGCACAUUUUCAGAUUUCGGCGCCCGAGGCGUUUCUCGGAACGUAAUCGGACCCCCGGAUCCGUUUCUCCCCUUAAAAUAUCACUCGCAUUUCCGAGUAAUCGUCCUCCUCAUUCUUCUUCUCCGCCCCAAAACUGCUCAUAUUUAUGAUCAUUUAGCCGUGUCCAUUAUUCAAAGUGCUCUUCGCACACACAAAUUUUAUGAUCUCUUUUUGAAGAAGGCAGAAGCGGCAGUGGAAAAGCGAUAAAAUCCGAUUGGGGCGGCCAGCGCAGACUUUAUUUUUUCUAUUUUCCGUUCCGGACAAUUCUAUGAAAGUUUCACACUGAGAAUGUUUAUCCGAUUAUGUAUGAUGCUGGUUUCUCUUUUUUCGUGGGGCCAUCUGGUAAACCGUUUCAUUUUUGGGUAUUCCGUAACUGUUCCUACAAAAUUCUAAACUGUCGCCAAGAGUUCGAUGGAGCGCCCUUUUCGAUCUAGCUAUAGCUGAUCGCUAUUCCCACGAUCAUCAUUCGUACGUCUGUCUGCUCGCCCCCCUUCUGAUCAGCGGGCCUCAAUCAAUCAACAGUGUUUACCCAGAUAUCAUCGAGCGAAAGGCGGAAGACGCAUGUGUUCCCCCUCCCUCGCACACUCUCAUUAGACGCCCCGCGCCUCAAAUUCGUACCCAUUUCUUCAUAAUUAUUCGGGUGUCAUUAGAGCAUUUUUCGCUUCUCUUUUCGUGGCCGUCAUCAUUAUUGUUGUGCGCACGAAACAUUAUAAUGAAAGGACCUGCCACUGACAAGCCUGUUCUUCUCCUUCUUUUUCUCGUUUUUCGGUCAUCGUCACAGGACUCAGAUGGUCGCAUUUCGACUCAUUUCGUUUCGUUUUCGAAAAGCUCUCACUCUUUUUUCGUUUUGCCCUCCUCGUUUUUGUUUUUUCCGAGCUCUCCAAUCAGGUAAGAUCGGGGCGUCCGAUAGGGUGAGAGGCGAGAGAUCAGGGCGGAAAAAAAACGGAACAGGCCGAAAUAAUUCAUCGACACGCUCCUUCCGCCACAAGUACUCUUUUCCUUUCCUUUUCAUCUGAAUAUCAUAUUCUUUUGGGAGCAGAAAGCUUUUGAAAUCAUUUCAAUUUCAACGUGGCAACCAUUGUCGUUCGUUCCGUUUUUCUUUUUCUUCUCCUCAAAUCAACCCAAUCAGGCGAUCCGUCUCCGUCCAAAUCAAGCCACUCUCGCCUCCCUCGCCGUCCAUUCUCCGUCUUACUCAUCAUUCGCUUUUUUGCCCCCUUUUGUCCGGAUAUUCUCACGUUUAGCCUCUUUUCUCCGAUAUAUCUACGUCAUUGACCUCUUCCUCGUGCACUUUUUCUGCCCGGUGGCCGGUUUAUAACCUCUCUGUUUUCAGAAGAAGAGGAAGACGUGAAAUGGCAUCAGGAGUGCGCGGCGGAACGAGAUAAACGCGCGUUUUAGCUCACUCUCAUUCACGGUAAGCGUCCUUCCAUCGAAAACCUUUUCGAGGCUCUUUUCAGAUGGGCUGCGACAUGGGCUCGGUGAACUUCACCGGCGCCGAGUGGCUCGAGAUGGCGGUGACGAAUCUGAACACGGCGUACGCGCACAUCCAUCCCUACGUUUCGGUGGUUCUCUGUCUUGCAGGUAAGGAAGUAGACGUCUUCUGACACGGUUUGUUGUUGUUGAUGGAAAGAAGAAGCAGAAGAAGGAGAAAAGGAAGAGGAAGAGGAAGAAGGGAUGGAAAUGGAGUAAAGAGUCUGAUUGGAAAGUGGCGAGCCAGAGAGUUAGAGUGAGAGAGAAGGACGACAAACUGACAAACAAAGUUGGUGUAGUACAAAAUAUGGACAACAUUAGCAAGUUUUCCGGAAGUAUGCGAAAGAGAAGAAGCUCAUGUCCGUUCUAAAACAGAUUGUGGGAAUUCUGAACUGUUCAAGACGCUACUGUACAAUACCUUUCCAGAGAGUUACGCUUCUGAAAAAGACACAAUUUUAAGCACUAUUGUUAUGGUUUCUAUAUAAACUAAUAUAUCCGAUUGCAGGGACCGCCAUGAACAUCGUGACUGUGAUCGUGCUGACGCGUCCGUCGAUGCGUUCGGCGGUCAACUCGCUGCUCUGCGCGAUCGCACUCUGCGACAUUCUCGUCAUGACGAGCGUUCUCGUCUUCGUCACCCACUUUCUUCUCUUUGCCGGGUACAGGUUUGUCGGUUUUGCAUGCUAGUUUCUCUUUUCAUUUCCGUGCCUCCCCCACUCACACAACUCACCCUGUUCUUUCUGUGUUUCUCGGUAAUAAGGUAGGUACCAGUUGCGGCAAGACGUCUUCUUCUUCUUCUUCUUCUUCUUCUUCGAGUCAAAGGCAUUGGUAUUCUUUUACUUACACUUUCCUUCUAGAGGAAAUCUGUUCGGUAGAUACUUUCUUUCUGUGCACUUUUUUCUUUUCAUGGUGAUCGUUGAAUAUGACCGAAUGAAGAAUGCAUCCAAUAGGGAAAUGCUGAUCAGUCCACCCACACACGCUAUAUUCUCGACAAGUUAUCUGUUUCCAGAUGUGACCCCUCGGACUACAACAUCUACUGGGCCUACUUUCUGUACUAUCACUCGCAAGCGACAGUGAUAUUCCACGCGACAAGCAUCUGGCUGACAGUGAGCAAUCUUUCAAAUUACUGAAUUGACUGGCUCUUAACUAGGUUCUCCUUGCUCAAAUCCGAGUCUUCUCGAUCCGGAGGGCCACUUCUGUAGCGGGAGAGUCCGUCACGAAUCAGAUGACAAUCCUCAUCGCAGUCACCACAUUCAUCGUCGUUUGUCUUCUGAACGUGCCGAAUCUGAUGACGUUCGAGGUUGUCUAAAGUGACUAUUCGAACCCAUCCAUCUAAUAGUCAUUUUCAGAUAAUCGAAGCGCCCGCCUCUUUGUGGCUUCAAUGCAAAGCAAACGAGACGGCAGAUGAUGAGAUGCUCGUGUACCUUGUGGCUCCUUCGGAUCAUUGCGGGCUCCUGAACGUGAGCACUUCGAUCACAUAUCUAAUAGUUAUUGUGUGAAUUGUAGAUAGCCUUCUGGACGAACGGAGUGCUCUUCAAAGUGGUCCCUUGUCUCUUGCUCACCUUCUCCAUCGUCGCGCUCGUCAGCAUCAUCCGCGACGUGGGAAAGCGACGGAAGCAACUGGCGCAGGUGAUGAACAAGAAGCGAAUGCCGCGAGAUCACACCACGCCGAUGCUCGUCGCCGUUCUUUCUAUCUUCUUAUUCGCCGAACUGCCGCAGGGCGUGCUCCACGUCUUCAACGCCAUUUUCACGAAGGAGACGUUCUACGAGAAGGUCUACAUCCAUCUCGGCGACGUCAUGGAUGUGCUCUCUUUGCUCAAUUCGGCAGUCAAUUUCAUCAUUUAUUGUGCGAUGAGUCGGAAGUUCCGCGCAGUGUUCAUCCAGAUAUUCCUCACUUGUUUGCCUCAAAAGAUUAUACGGUUAGAGAGAAAGAGGAGGAACUAGCGAAAAGAUUGUUUGUUUUUCAGAAAAUAUGCGAUGGAGGCGUUCCUGGAAGGAGAAGUGUCGAGAAUGCGACCAACGGACAUGACGAAGAGCGAGCAGCUGGCACUCACUUCGCACCGCGUUUCCGCUUCUUCCGUCCUUCUGCCCGUCUCCAGGCAGGAUCCUCCGAGGAUGUACUCUGGAAAUCUUCUGACUGCAGGUCAGUUAACUAGUUUAAUGGAUAUCAUAGCCAGAAGACGUCAUAUUGUUUUGAAAACGUUUCAGUGUAAUCUACAUACCUAGAACUUCAUUUUUCCAGUUGACAGUUGUUUGUACAUGCAUCUCAGAACUACUGUAACUCGCCGAAGUGACGAGUUACAGUGGUUACAGUAGUCAACUAAAAAAAUGAAGUUUCUUGAGAAAUGUGACAUUUCUGAACUCUUCUAUGAUCAUUUAAAGUUGUAUGACCACUUCUGUAGCUCGCCGAAUACCAUCACUUUUCAGAGGAUCCGACGUAAACUAAGAAAGGUGAUUUUCUAGGUGAUUGCUCUUGCCUGUCCUCUUUCUCACGAUUUCAUCUCGAUUCUAACUUGAUCUGAAACCUACUGACUGCAUUUUCUAACUUUCUCGUGCUCCCUCUCUCACUCUCCAAGCCCGCUCUUCUCAUCCAUUUCCAACUCAUUUCAAUUUCAGACAUCAACGGAGGCUACUCUGCAUCUCCACGGGUCUCCUUUGACAUUGUUCGAAAAGAAUCGCAGAUCAGCAGUGUCGUCGAUUUCCAGCUCGUCGUUCCGUCUCUCCAGGUGACAUUUUAAUCUCCCUUCAAAUCCCCCAGUAUCAUCCAUAUUGCAGCAGGAGUCUCCGAGUCUGCUCCAGAAGAUUCUCCGCUUCUUCCGUCCCACCGAUGAGCUCUCCGACAGUCCGCAACGGCGGAUAAAGUUGAUGCAAUGCGAAACGAGUACCGCCCUCUACUAA